CCAAAAUCUAACGGCACAACAGAGGCUUCCGGAGAAAGGGCUAAAAGGGCCAAAAUCUUGCUUUUCAGAGCUCGCAGGACUCUUUCCAUCAUCAUUACAUGCCGCACAGAAACUCCAUCAAACUCAGACAAAACAAUCGCACAAUCCACCACCAAACAAAUAUACUCCUGACUAUUAGGUAAAUAAAUGUGUGCCGCCUUCGGGGCCCCCCAACCGACAUCCCUUCUCACACCUGAUUAAUACCGCCACUUGUUCCUGACUCAUCCCCAAGGCUCCACCACGGAAACCUCACGGGACAUCAUCAAUAUGGAAUUUACCACGCACUGCAUCGAGCCGCGGGCGGCGCACACCCACACAGUCGUUUUCCUCCACGGCAGAGACAGCAUCUGCGACGAAUUCGCCGAUGAGCUUUUCGAGAGCGAAGCAUCAGAGCCAGCAAACCAGCCACGCACUCUUCCAGACCUAUUGCCGUCCAUUCGGUGGGUCUUUCCCGGGGCCGCGCUGCAUCCAUCCAAGAGGUUUGGUACCGAAAUGUCACAGUGGUUCGAUGCCUGGUCGUUGGAGAACCCAGAAGAACAAUUUGGUAUCCAAGAAGCCGGCCUGAGACGAAGUAUCGAAUAUCUCGUUAACCUUGUCGAGAGCGAAUCCGCCUUGGUCCCGAUGGACAGAAUAUUCCUAGGCGGUAUCAGCCAAGGAUUUGCAACCUCAAUCACCGCUUUUCUGACCACGCCAAGAAUAGCCAAAUUGGGUGGGCUGGUCGGUUUAUGCAGCUGGAUGCCACCGGCUGAGGUCAUUAAUGAGUUGGCAGAGGAGAGUUCACCUUAUCGCAGAAUAUGCGGCACAGAACCAAUAGCCAAAACUCCUGUUUUCCUCGCUCACGCCGUGGACGAUGAAGUCAUUAACAUCGAACUUGGUCGGCAGUUGCGGACGACUCUUGAUUCAUUCGCCAGUGCGUGUACAGUGGAAUGGCAUGAGUAUCAGUCAGGAGGUCACUGGGUGAACGAGCCGCAGGGUGUGGAUGACAUGGUUAGCUUUCUGAGAUUCCAUAUGCAUUGAAUCGGGCUUCGCGUCCCGAACCACCAUAGAUCAACAAAGCAGAGGCUUUCACGUACCUGAUUGCAGUUAAAAAUUCGUAGGCGAGCCUAAUAAUCUCUUAACAGCCC